AAAACGACUGCCCCCCUUCAAUUCCCAUAGAUCGAAUCACAGAACCCCAUCUUCAAGACAUCUGUUCCUCUACAACAGAGCGCGCCCCCGCUUCCAGAGCUGUGACCGAAUGACUCUCGUGGUCCCCUACAUUUGCCCGUGAUUAUCAGCCGAAGAUGAAGAUCGACGUUGACCAAAACUCACCCUGCUCUUCUUUUCGCAGUUUGUAGACCGGAGGAAAUCGGAACGAGGAUUUUUCCUCCUCUCCAUCACUCGCGUCCGAGCAGAGAGAGCCACCGACGAGGGUCAGCCCGGUGCCAUUGAGUAGCAGAUUUCUUUUUGUCUGCCCUCUAGUCGGGAGUUUGGCAUCCUCCGCGUCUGUCUUGGAGGGUGAAGGACAACGAAGAGCGAAUGAAAAUAUCGUGAUAUCUGAUGUGUGAAUAUUUUGCGUUUAUGCACAUUUAAUUUCUCGCAUUCAGUCAUCGUUAAAAGACGACUGUGAUAAUGGAGUCUGUGGAAAAGGAGUGUGGAGCGUUGGGUGGAUUAUUCCAAGCUAUCGUCAACGACAUGAAGAGUUCAUAUCCAGUGUGGGAAGACUUCAGUGCCAAGGCCACUAAACUACACUCCCAACUCAGGACUACAGUUCUGGCAAUAGUGACAUUUCUAGAUGCCUUUCAGAAGGUGGCAGACAUGGCGACCAACUCAAGAGGUGCCACCAGGGACAUAGGUUCAGCUCUGACCAGGAUGUGCAUGAGACACCGCAGCAUAGAGACUAAACUACGCUACUUCACCAAUGCUCUUAUGGAAGGCCUAGUCACUCCCCUCCAGGACAGGAUAGAGGAAUGGAAGAAGACAGCAUACCUGCUGGACAAAGACCACGCCAAAGAAUACAAGCGGUCUCGUCAGGAGAUAAAGAGGAAGUCCUCAGACACCAUGAAGCUCCAGAAGAAAGCCAGGAAAGAGCUUCUAGGCCGGGGGAACCUGCGUCCCCAGCUGGACAGUGCCAUGCAGGACGUCAGUGACCUCUACCUGCUGAUGGGGGAGACAGAGAAGCAGGCGGUGCGCCGGGCCCUCCUGGAGGAGAGGGGGCGCUACUGUUCCUUCAUCAACCUGCUGCAGCCUGUGGUGAAUGGAGAGAUAGGCAUGCUGGGAGAGAUCACUCACCUGCAGGCCAUUGUUGAUGACCUUACAGUGCUGACUGAAGACCCGCACAAACUGCCCCCGGCUAGUGAGCAGGUGAUCGGGGACCUGAAGGGUUCAGACUACAGUUGGUCCUACCAGACCCCUCCCUCCUCACCCAGCAGUGCUACUUCCAGGAAGAGCAGUAUGUGCAGUAUCCUCCAGAUGCCCGGUUCCGGUGCCCACCGCCUAAGCAGUGUUUCCUCCCACGACUCAGGGUUUAUCUCUCAGGAUGCCAACACCCAUUCCAAGCCCCCCUCACCCAUGCCCUCUGACAUCACCAGCCAGAAGACCACCAGCUCAGCCUCUUCUGAGGCAUCAGAAACCUGCCAGUCUCUCAGCGGGUGCAACUCUCCCACCGCGUUUGGCUCAUGCUCAUCCUUCGGUACCUUCCGCUCCACUCUCUCUUGCACUGGCUCCAUCAGGCCUCUCUCUGGCAUACUUCCUGGGUCCCCCACAUUUAACCGCUCUCCCGGAGCCAAAACCCCCUCACCCACAUCAAAGGUUCCUAGCUGGAAGGAUUGGUCCAAAACGAGUACCUACGAGCCCUUAUUGGCUACCACGCUGCAGCGAAGGAGAGAGUCAUUGGAAAGGAUGAGAGAGCAGGCGGUUCCUUCCAGUCCUAAAGGGUUCUCUGGGAUGCAUCCACACACCCCAGACACUCAUAGGUCCAUUCUGGCCCAAGCUGCUAUAGCCACAGCCAAGCACGGCGGUGAGACCAUGUCCCCAGCAGCCAGUACACUAGCCAUGGUGCUGAUCCGGGGUCUCAGUGUGGAGCAUCAGAAAAAUAGCAGGGAAUCUCUGCAGUACUCCAGUGGCUACAGCACCCAGACCAACACACCAUCCUGCUCAGAGGACACCAUCCCCUCACAGGGGUCUGACUAUGAUUGCUACUCUCUGAACGGGGAUGCUGGCACCAGCAGGGAGGCCGACUUUGACAAGUCCUCCACCAUCCCCCGCCACAGCAACAUCGCACAGAACUACCGCCGCAUGAUCCAAACCAAAAGGCCUGCCAGCACCGCCGGGCUGCCAGCCGGAGUGAGCCCUCCUGGGGGUACGCAUGGAGCGACUGCAGGGGGUGAUGGAGGUCGUGACGGGGGGCACGGAGCCAUCACCUCUGGAACAGCCACCAUCCGCCGAACCCCCUCCUCCAAAAUGGGGGUGAGACGCACCCCUUCCACCUCGGGCCCCAUCCCCAUCCGCCCCCCCAUCGUUCCAGUCAAGACCCCCACUGUGCCAGACUCUCCAGGCUACUCCCCUGGCUACUCCCCUGGCUACUCCACUAGCCCCACCCAACAGUGCAUGGGCAGCGAAGAGUACCUGAAUGGGGAUGAGACUCCACCCAGUGCCCUGGAGUACAUGAAGUCCUCCCCCAAGCGGCUGAGCCUGCCUGACACCAGCGCCUGGGGCUCCGAAGGGGGGCUGGACCGGAGCGUCUAUGCCCAGCAGCCCCCUAGUAUGGCUGGCCUCAGCCCAGAGGAAGACUCCCAGCUGGCCGCCAACCGCCACAGCCUGGUGGAGAAGAUAGGAGAGCUGGCGGCCAGCGCCCACGCCCUGGGCGAGGGUCAGUUCCCCUUCCCCCCUCUGGACCUUCUGCCAGCGGACCCAGUCGGGACCAACUCUGUACCUCAACACCCACAACACCUACCCCCCGAGCCCCAGGAGGGAGUGGAUAUGCUGGUGUCCAUAAGGAGGGGUGUGAGGCUCCGCAAGGCGGUCUCCAACGACAGAUCAGCCCCCAGGAUACUGCAGGAUACUGCCGCAGCCUCCAGGAUACUGCAUGAUACUGCCGCAGCCUCCAGGAUACUGCAGGAUACUGCCGCAGCCUCCAGGAUACUGCGGUAGUAUCUCCUGGGACUGACCCCAGAACUGUGGUACCCUUACUUAUAAUAAGCUCAACCUCUAGUAGUGAAAUGAAUGAACACUCAGCCUAUACAGGAAAACACUGUAUGAAAUGAAAGGGAAAACGAGUGUCAAUGUGUAAAGAUUUUAUGAAUGGCCAUGGGUGGCCAAUGGAGAAAUAUCAUAUAUUUGUAUGUCGUAUUCCUAUUUCCUAUGUUGUCUGUGGGCUUAGUGGCUUUGGUUGUCUAUUUCCUCUGUCUCCUGAUGCGUCAGCCCAGACACCUUCCCUUAUUCACAAAGUGUCUCAGAGUAGGUGUGCUGAUCUAGGAUCAAUUUAGCCUUUCAGAAAUUCCCGACUUGCUAAUUGGUUGUAGUUAUACACGUGGCACGUUCAACCAAUAAUAAGUCGUACAUUUAAGAGUUUCCUAGUUCCGACUAGCUCGUGAACGUGGCAUAUCACAGCCAUCUGUCAUCUGAAAGUGAUGGGGUCAAGUUGCUCCGUGAGCCUGUCUGUAUGUUAUGUCUUACUAUGCUGAUGUUUAUAUUACUGUUUGUAAAAUAAGCUGAAAACCAAUUGUGUAUGUCACAUAUCGGAUAAAUGUAAAAGUCAUGUAAAAUAGGACACGAUAUGGCAGUGUUUUUAUUGGUGUACUGUACUAUCAAUAUAUUCUGCAAUUAAACCAACC